AUGAUGCUAGAAUCCACUUCUCUAAUUGCAAAUGACGAAAGCUCUAGGAAUGUCAAUGUUGCAAGCACUAACAAUUUUAAUUCUGUUGCAAGUAGUAGCAAUUUCAGAACACACUAUGGUGGAAUAGGACAAUCGCAAUACGGGAACUUUGGAGCAAGUAGCAGUUCUGGUUCAGGAGGGGGCAAACCACCAAACAUAUCAAACUUAUUUUGUGAAUUUUGCAAAAGACAUGGUCAUACCAGGGAUAGAUGCUACAAAUUACAUGGAUUCCCUCAGAAAUUCAAGUUCACAAAAGGGAAGAACUCAGGAUCAACUGCAAAUGUGCAUGAAACUCUUGAAGAAAUGUCAGGAAGGAAACAUGAUGAUUCCAAUCAUACUCAACAUCAUGACCAGAAGACUCUCAACUUGUCCAAGAAGCAGUAUGAUCAGCUCCUCAGUUUACUGGAUCAUAUUCAUAUUCAAGGGGGAAACAGAACUGGAAAUUCAACCAAAGAAGUUGUUAAUGAUAUCAUUGGUGGAGCUGUGAACUUUGCAGGACCCUUCAAUGAAGAGCCCAUUGGAGAUUGGUAGAGCAAGGAAUGGUUUCCUUCCUAUGUUCAAAGUGUCAUACCAGCCCAGAUUCACCUAAGAAAUCUUGCAUUUCAGUUUUUACUUAUAUUUCCUUUUUUCCUUGUUAUAAAACAUAUGUUUCUCAUAAUUCUUGUCCAUUUAUAAAAAUUGUCCAUGAUGAUAAACAAGCUCUACAGUCAAACAUUCUGCAAUUGUAAAUUCCAUUCGUUUGAGUAAUAAAAGAGCUUGUCUUGAUGUUAGUUGCAAUAAUUUUCUUAAUGAUGUUUUUGAUAAAUGUUUGUCUGCAAAUUCUCUCAUGACUUGUACAUCCUGCGGAAAUAGUGUUGAUCACCUAUGGCACAACAGGUUAGGACAUGUCCCUUUUGUGAAGAUGAGAAGCAUCUCUUCUGUAACUAUAAACUUCUCCCCAAACAACCCUUUACGUGCACCAUAUGCCCUAUGGCUAGACAGGCAAGACUCCCUUUCCCAUCCAAAACCA